AGCGCUCACGUAUGAAGGCUGUAUCUCACGCCAUUUCAACUGCCCUCUUGUUGUUUUGCUUCUACAUGUACACUAUCUCCACAAAGCCAUUUCUUAUAACUACGUGCUCCUUGUGAUUAUCUUGUAUUCAUUAUUUACUAUCAGCAGUGCGGCCUGUGUAAAUUUUAUGUACGCAGGAGGCACAGCCGAGUCUCCGCAGUUCGCCAUGCAGUCCACACCGGCCCCCUCCACGGCGGCCAACAAGUACACCUCCGCCGACGUACCCCGCAGCGAAGAUGACGUAACUCAAUACGUGCUCUACGAUGGACUGCCGAAGUCGGGCCCGGCGGUGCGGCACGCCCGGGAGCGGCAGGCGCAGGCGUACGAGCGGUUUACGCACCGCAUCCGCGAGCGGGUGGAGGCCGCGCACGCCAUCGUGCUGUCCGCCAACCCCCUCUCGCUCUCUGUGAUGGCCUCCCAGCUGCGCAUGUACCGCUGGAAGGUGACGGAGGCGCAGACGCUGCUAGAGGCGACGGCGCUCUUGCAGGACUUCGUGUUGGACACGUCAAAGCACGGGUACCGGGUGCGACGACGACCCGCCGCGCCGCUGGGGCAGAGCCGCUACGCCUACGGUCGCGGAAAGCACGCCUUGAUGCGCGUUGUCCAAGAGGAGCGGGAGAAGCUUGCAAAGGAGUCUGGGGGCCUCUUUGGCGCGUCGGCCACGUCCCCCACGGGGUCCAGCAGUCGCAUAAGGGCAGACCUAAAAGACACCGCUGCUGCAGCGGCGGACAUCAUUGCUGCGUCCGCACGACACCCUACCACCGCAGCCGCUUUGCCAGAAGCCCACGACGAUGAUGACGGUGUCAGCGCACCAGACGAGGCAGGAGAGCUGUAUGAGGAGCACGAGGAGGAUCGGCUGCCGCUGCCGUCACCCGAUGCGCUGCCCCGCCUCGUGCUGGUGGACAGCUUCACGCAUGAGGACUUCGCCGACAUCGCUCGCCACAUCCGUUUUGUGGACAACGAGCAUGGGCUGGAGCUGCUGCUCAUCCUGCUGCUUCCAACCGAUCCGGAGACGGCGGCCGUGGACACGCAGGGCGCCGGCUGCGUCAUCACCCCCGCGUUUACGACAACGAUGGACGAGGCGUACAAGGCGGGCUACGACCUGGUCUUGGCCCACAACAUGGACAAUCUUCUCGUGGGGAUGCUGACCUCCGCCUUCGUCUCCUCCGUCGGGCGGUGGCGCAACGAUGUCCGCUCCAAAGCGGCGGUCGGCAAUUACAUGAGUGUGCGCAACGUCCUCCUCGGUGGACUCGACACCGCCUCCCUGCAGCAACUCGUGUGGGACGACAAGGUUGAUGAUGCAGAGGUGCUGGAGCUGCUCGGGGCGCAGUCGCUGGCGAUGCAGGGCGAUGCGAAGCGCUACGGCGAGGCCAGCCGUCAACUGCUCGGUCAGCAGCAACAGCAACAGCAGCAGCAGCAGCUGCACCACACAGGAGGGAGCAGCAGCGGCGAGGACGAGGACGACGAGGACGGUACGGAUAAGAAGCUAAAGCGAGUCGCCUCGUCCAUGAUGAGUCACGUGCCGCGGCUGCGCAGCCGCCCCACGAGCGUCGCCCACUUCGGCGUGCGUCUGCCGGCCGAUCCGGAGCGCGCGCGGGGCCUGCUGGCCAACUUCGGGAGUACGAAGGACGUGUUGGGCGGUCUAAUGGAGGCGCGUGGUGGACGCCGACGUCGUCAGUUCGACGGCGACGGCGUGGGCGAAAACGCAGACGAGGCCGAUUACAGCAUGGACGGCCUCGGCGAAGAUCACCGGAUGCUGCGCAUCGCACUGGAGAAGGAGAUGGGUCGGCUCUUGGCUGAAAACGAGGGGAAGCAGACCACGAUUGAUGAACUGCAGAAGGACGUGGAGACGCUGCACCGCACCGUCGAUAUUCUGAAGCAGCACUUACCGCGAAGCAGCGGCGGCGGCGGUGCAGGUGGCAGCGGCGUCGGUGGGGACCUUGGCAGCUUCAGCUCCCGCACCUACCCAGAGCGGCCGGACAGUGCGUCGAUGAUGCACCUAAGCAAGGAGCAGCAAAUCUACAUCUUGAAGGAGCGCCUCGAGGCGGCGAACGAUCGCAUUUCCGUCCUCUUGAAGGACAGCCACGGCGCGGAGCACUCAUCCGACUCGACGGCGACGAUGCCAGGCCGCGGUCGAGGCGGGACGGACCGCCGGGGACGUGUUGGGAUUGGUGUGCGCGGGGGGUCGUCCUCCCCCGCAUCCAGGCGUGCCACGGCCGGCGGCGCCGCACACUCCCGAUCGCUGAACCUGUACCGACGCCGCGCCGGCGAAGCCUACCAGGCCGCCCGCGAGGCGGAGGUGAUGGCGCUGCACGACGACGACGCCUAUUACGCCAACAUCACCCUCGGCGAGCUUCCACGGACGAGUCAAGGGGACACAUACGGUGCUGGUGGCAACGGCGGUACGUGCCGGACAGAAACCCCGCUGGUGCAGCGUAAGGAGCGGGAGGCGACGGACAAGGUGAUCAACUCGCUGCAGACGGAGCUGCGGCUUCUGCAGGGCCGCCUAGACGACCUGCCCGACGACGAUGAUGGUUAUGAUAGUAGUCGCAACGGCGACGUGCAAACGCGCAUGGUGGCGCACCUGCAGUCGGCGGUGGAGCGGCUGGAGGUGGAGCGGCAGCGGGUGCGCCACCUGGAGGAGCUUCGCCAAACGGAUCAGCUGCUGCUCACGCACGCCGUGCGCCUCAACGAGCAUGCGAAGCGGCAGCUGAGUGCGGCGCGGCGGGCGGCAGCGGAGACUCGUCGGCAGGGAUCUGCCGUUAGUGCUGGCGGUGAAAGUGCGGGUGCGGGUGCGGGUGCGGGUGCUGACACGGAAGGCAUCGACAGCAGCAGUACGAGCGUGGGAAGACGAAGUCGCCGCACCGGAGACGGCGCAGCGCGCACCCGCUCUCGUAAAACAGAAGCCGCGGGAGGAGAUGAAAGCGAUGAGAAGGAGCGCGCAGGACCGCAAAAGGGCGGAGCGGCGCCGCCAAAGGCCAAAGGGAAGCGGCGGGGCCCGGCAGAGGCGAGCCUCCUGCAACCCGAGCAGGUGGAGGGCCUCAUUGCGGCCGCCGUCACCGACGCCGUCACGGCGCGUAACCGCGUCUUUCGUCGCCAGCUUGGUGCGCUGGUGCAGACGUGCAGGGCGCAACUGACCCGCAUCGUGCUGAAGCAGCAAAAACCCCGCACCGACGCGUACCUGCAGCUGCUGCGGGAAGAGCUAGAGCAGGCAAAGCGCGACCAGCGGGGUGCCGUCAUGCGGCUGCAGUUCACGCUGAGUCAUCUACGGCCCGACCAGUACGACACCGCCAGCAUCCCGCGCAGCGAGAAACGCGGCCGCAUGAGCUACGGCGGUGGUGCUGGCGUGAGGGGGGAAGCGGACGGCGCCGACGCAGAGGGCACGGAUGGAGAUCAGAUGAUCCCGCUGUGUGCCGUGACGGACGACGAGGUACGUCACGCUGCGGAGCGCAUUGCACGUGAGCACGCCGCCUACGCCCUACGCGCGGCCUAUAUGACCAGCGAACUCCAACGCGUGCAGAGGGCCCCCGAGGUCGUACCGCCGACUGGUGCGGCUGCCCCGGGAUCGCGUCCGACAUCGGCCUCGCUUGCCUCCCGCGAGCAGCUUCAUCGGGCUCUUCAAAAAGCCACACAGCAGGUGAAGGAAGUCGUUGACGGUGGGAGUCCGGUGCCGACCUACCUGGACGCGGUACGAGCCGAGAUGGAGGCGGAGCAGCGCCUCAGCACGUGGUACGACGUGGACUGCGCACAGCUCUUCCGUGCGCCGCCGCCAGUGGUGCCGUCGUCGACUAGCUGCACCGUGCCACCGGCGCCGAAUCUCGCGCUGGUGCCCACCAAAGUGCCGUCCGCAGAAGAAGGCGCGGUGCCGCUGCGCCUGGCGGACGUCGACGGCGGGGUGCGGGAUGUGGCAAACUUGUACGCGACGGUGCUACGCAGUUUUAUGGCGCUUGGCGAGGGCUGGGUCUUUGGGCUUAAGAGCAGCAGCAGCAGCAGCAGCAGCAGCAACGAUGUCAGCGGCGGCAUCGUCCGUAGCACGACUCGUGCGGCGGCGGCGGCGGCAGCGGUUGUGCGGCCGGCGCGUCCGGCGAAGGAGGGUAAAUCGCGCAAGACGGGCAGCGCUGGCAAAAAGCGGCGUGAGAAGUCCAUCGAAAGUGGCGCAGAGGAGGACUUCGAUCUCGAAGGCACGGACGAGGACUCGAACCGACCGCUGACCGCGGCGAUCAAGGAGCCCUUGUCCUUUCAGCAAGCACUGGCGCAGCUCCCGGUGGCGACGGGCGAGGCAGCGCAGUACGAGGGGCAGCUAAGCGAGCUUUACACCGCGGAGGUCCCGUACAGCGCGGCGCAGCAGCGGCUCUACGAGAUUUUGCUCCGCGCGUACCAACAGCAUUGCAUCAACCCACUGCACAUGGCAACGCUGGAGACGGCCGUGUUAACCGCCAGCGACGCUCCGUUGUCGGCCACCGAACCAGCAGCAGCCGCGGAGCACCAAAACCAACUCCUGCCAUUGCGCCUGGCAACGGCACACGCACAACACCGAGAGGUGCUGGCGCUUCUCCAGCUCGUGGCCCCGACGGCCACACCGGCCCUGCGCCGUCUAACGCAGCAGGUGCGGCAGGCGCAGCGCCUCGUGGAGCAGGAGACGGCGUCCGCACCGCCACACACGUCGGCGGCCUUUUUGUCGGCUGUCGAUGCGGCGCUGCUUGGGUGCGUCGUGGACGAGCUGCGCUGGCAGCAGCAGUGGCGGCGCGCCACGACGUCGACGGCAGCGGCGGCAGCGGAGGUGAACGGGGCCGCUGCCGCACCACCGGCGGAGAACCCCCAAGAGGUGCUGCGGAAGGCGUUGGUGACGGCCCGAACGGCGGGCACCCCCGCCCACCUCCUGCCUCUACCGUCGAGCGACCUCGAUGAGGCGGCGCCGUCAGACGACGUGCGGUUGGUGGAGUACUACACGGCCUUCUGCGCCGCACGCGCGCGAGCGGCACACGCCGCUGGUGGGGCCGCAGGACUCUCUGGAAACGCUAACGGCGGCGGCGGCAACGAUGACCUCUUCGACCUCAGCGGUCUCCCAGCUGUGCCGCUGAGCAGCGCGGAGGCCUACCAGCGCCUUGCCACCCUCCUGCCAGACCGCAACGCCUCAGCAGCAGCCGAUGGCGCGGGGGGCGCCGGUGGUACAGUUGCUCGUGAACUCGCUGCGUACUUCAGCGCGCGUCGCCCCGCGGCCGGCAAGGCGGGCGACGGCACGGCAGCUUCGGCAGAGGACGACGCCGCCGCCUUCUUGACGGAGAUCUACCUGGAUGACGUGCGCGGUGGCCUCGACGGAGACGAGGGAGGUGAUGGCGGCGCCGUGGAGGAAGAAGACGCGAACCUGCAGGCGAUCCGCCGACUUCGCAUGGAGCUGGAGUACAUGGAGGUGAUCAAGAAGCAGCGGAUGGAGGAGCUCGCCUUGCGGUGCGACUGGCGCCUGCGCGGGCGGCUACACGGAGAUGGCGGGGCGGACGCGUUGCCCUUCCCAGGCGGUGUCCCGGACGGUGCGGACGGCGGCGCGGCCUACCCUGCGGUGAACCCGGAGCGGCUGAACUUCAUGGUAAAGUCCGGCACGGCGGCGUGGUACGGCAUGGAGGCGGCGAAGCGAGUCCGUGCGAUUCUGCGCCGGCGUGCCCGGCCAGAUCAGAUCAUCGUGGGCGGUGGUCCCUACGGCGGCGGCGUCGGUGUGGAACUGAGUCGCCGCACGGCGCAGCCCCCCGUCAUGCCAACAUUACUCGGCAGCGACUCCCCUCGCACGGCGGCGGCGGUGGCGGCUGUCGCAGCCAAGACGCGAAAGAAGAACCAUAACAGCAGUGGCGGUGGCGGUGGGGACGGCGGUAAUGCUAAUAGCAACGACUCCGGUGAAGACGAGAACGGUUACACGGUGGAGGAUGAGGGCGAUAGCCGAGCGCAGCGAUACGAGCGCAGGGGAUCGCCGUCGCCGCUGCCGCCGCUCUCCUCGUCCCUCCAGCACCAGCAACAGCAAAGUAAAGCAUUUACCUCCCCUGGUGUAGUGCCGCUGCCGCUGCUGCCCCAAAAUGGGAUGCCUCGCAGUCAGCGGCAGCAGCAACAGCAGCAACGACCCGGUCCCCGCGCGAACUUCGCAACGUCGACGCCACCACCGCCGCAGCGGCAACAGCAAUCGGACUUCGACGGUCCACCACCGCAGCCCUUCACUUACAUGUCCCCGCGAGACGCGGUCAACCUCGGCGCCUUCACCAACCUUACGAGUGGCUACAACGGCGGCAGCAGCGCCUACCUACGCGGCUCGGCCGACGACCUCAUCAGUCGCGUGACGGCCUACCGGGAAGAGCUGACGCGGGCGGCGGGUCGUGUCUCUCCGAUGACCACGACCACCUACGCGAAUGGUGCCCCGUUCUGUCUCCCCUUUGCGAGCCUGCCCGGCACGGGAGGGGCGGCAGCAGCGGGGGGAGGCGCUGGGGUCCGUCCGCGGCCUCCGCUGCCGCAGCAGACGUCAUGGGUGUACGGCCUACCCGCCACGGCGGUGACCUCAAUGGUGCACCAGCAGAGCACCGUCGACCCGCAGCAGCCACGCGACACAGUGCUCUUCAUGCCGCGUCGCACGCGUUCCUCCAUCGCCGAGGUGGCCGAGCGGGACCGGGCGGCUGCCGCGACGCAGCGGCACUUCUCUAUGGGUGCUGUCGGUCUCUCUGCAGCCGGCGCCGUUGCACCGGACGUGUCGUACACGACGCCCGCGGCCAUGGCGGCGCAGCGACUGCAGGCAAUGCUGAGUGCCUCCAUGGAGGACCCCUCGGUAGGAGGCGGUGCAGCCGUACCGUUGGCGGCGGCCAUGCGAACCCACCAGUUAGCUGAGCAGCAACGCCGGCGGCAACUAUCACACCGGGAGCAGGAAGAAGCAGAACCGCGUCUGCAAGGAGAGCAGCAUGACCGUGCGUCUUCAUCCGCCACGCCUCCGUCCCCUGCGGAGGCUGCCCCGCCACCACCUUCGUGA